AGUCCUCAGGACCAACAUGGGGGCUGAAGGACUCCAAGUGACAUUAUGGCUCCUGUACCUGAUGCUGCUGGUCGGCUCACUCUCUCAGACUGUAAACAUUGUUACCUCUGAAAAUACAUUGACCCUGAGUUCAGCAAAUACAUCUCACAUCGGCCGAGUGUGUACUACCUGGGGACAGUACCAUUUUAAGACCUUUGAUGGAGUUUUCUUCAAGCUGCCCUCUACUUGUAACCAUGUCCUGGCCUCACAAUGUAAGGGCACCUACGAAAAUUUUAUCAUCCAGAUGAGACGCAGCGUAGUCAGCGACGUCCCUUCCAUCAGCAGCAUCGUCAUGAAGCUGGAGGGCUCUGUGGUGGAGCUCUCUAAGGACUCGGUGAUUGUCGAUGGCCAGACGGUGUCUCUGCCACUUGUCACAUAUGGGUUGAGCAUCAAGGGGACCACAUCUAGUAUCUCCGUUGAUGCCAAGCUGGGAAUCAAGGCUAUCUGGAACCUGGAUGAUUCCUUGGAUCUUGAAAUUGAUGCCAAAUAUGAGAACCAGUUAUGUGGACUGUGUGGAAACUUUGAUGGAGAACCCAAUGAUUUGAUGGAAAAUGGAUCUCCAGUGUCUGUGGCAGACUAUGCUGAGAAAUACAAGGUGAACGGGCCAACAGAGAGUUGCGAUGAGCCAAUCUCCAACGCAGACGAAGGCUGUGGCGAUCAGGAAACCUGUGACGAGGUCUUUUUGAAUGAUGCAUUCAGUAGUUGCCAAAACCUUCUCGAUGUGGACUCCUUUACCAAAGCCUGUAUGCAAGAUAUGUGUGACUCUGAUGAAGACAGUGAUUUUGCCCUCUGCAAAACCCUCUCAGAGUUUUCCAGACAGUGUGUGCAUGCAGGUGGCACGCCCCAACAAUGGAGGAAUGAAACUUUUUGCUACAGAAACUGUCCAUACAACAUGGAGUUCGUAGAGUGCAGCAGUUCUUGUCCUGACAGCUGCUCCACCCCUGAAGCCAGUCAGACAUGUGACAGCCACUGCCAGGAUGGAUGCGCCUGCCCUGCAGGAAUGGUGCUUGAUGACAUUGGCAAAACUGGCUGUGUUAAUGUUGCUCAGUGUCCGUGUCUCCAUAACAACAACAUUUACAACACAGGAGAGUCCUAUUCUUACAAUUGCAGAUCCUGUGUGUGUCAGGGUGGUCAGUGGAAAUGUACGGAGGAGAAUUGUCCAGGAACCUGUUCUGUGGAGGGAGGAGCUCACAUCAACACCUUUGAUGGAAAAGUGUACACAUUCCAUGGGGAUUGCUCCUAUCUUCUGACUAAGAGUAAUGAUUCUUCAUACACUGUGUUGGUGGACCUGGUGAAAUGCGGUCUGUCUGACAGCAGGACUUGCCUCAGAGCUGUAACUCUGGCCUUAAAUAGCAAUUCUGUGGUUGUUAAGAUUCAAGCGUCCGGGCAGGUCUACGUGAACCAGAUUCUUUCCCAGCUUCCACUGUUUACAUAUGAUCUGAGUGCCUUUAAGCCGUCUUCUUUCUACAUCCUCGUAAGCACAAAGCUGGGAUUACAAAUAAUGGUCCAGCUUUCCCCUACGAUGCAGGUGUUCAUUACAGCUGACUCCUCACUCAAGGGAUCCACCAUUGGUUUGUGUGGGAACUUCAACGACAUGAUGGCUGAUGACUUCAAGGUCAUUACUGGGCUGGUAGAGGCCACUGCCGCAGCAUUUGCCAACACAUGGAAAACCAGAGCCAGUUGCCCUGACAUCACAACACAAUUUGGACACCCCUGUAGCGAUGGCAUUAACAAAGAGAGUUAUGCUCAGUACUGGUGCUCCACUAUAGACGAUCCCAAUGGGGUGUUCGCUGCUUGCCACUCCACCGUUAGCCCCAGCACAUACAAAGAUAACUGCAUGUAUGACACGUGUAACUGUGAAAAAAGUGAGGAAUGCAUGUGUGCUGCAGUCUCUUCGUACGUCUAUGCCUGUUCAGCAUCAGGAAUCCACAUCACUGGCUGGAGGGACACCAUCUGCGAAAAAUACAGUACAUCGUGUCCAGUAGAAACAACAUAUGGCUACAAGAUGACCAGCUGCGGUCGCACUUGCCAAUCUCUCAGCCAAAUUGACUACUCCUGCCAGAUCAACUUCACCUCUGUGGACGGUUGUGGCUGUGCUGAGGGAACCUACAUGAAUGAGGAGGGGAAGUGUGUGCAGAAUACAAGCUGUCCCUGCUAUGAUAAAGACACCAUUAUCCCUGCUGGACAGACUGUCACCAAAGAUGGCUAUACAUGUGUUUGCAGACAGGGUGCUCUUAGCUGCACAGGCUUGAACCUGACAAAAGCUACACAAUCAUGUGCUGCACCCAUGGUGUACUUUGAUUGCUCCACUGCUGAACCUGUGGCCACUGGGAUCGAGUGUCAGAAGAGCUGCAGCACUCUGGAUAUGGCUUGCAUCAGCACAGGCUGUACAUCAGGCUGUAUGUGCCCGGAUGGCCUGUUGUCAAAUGGAGCAGGAGGCUGUAUCAAUGAGACUAGCUGUCCAUGUCUGCACAAUGGAAAUAUCUACCAGCCUGGGGACACACUGAAGGUGGACUGCAAUACAUGCUCGUGCAAUGGAAGAAUGUUUACAUGUACCACCAAUGUGUGCGAUGCAGUUUGUGGAAUCUAUGGUGAAGGUCACUAUAUCACAUUCGAUGACAAGAGGUUUGACUUCAAUGGACAGUGCGAAUACACAUUGCUACAGGACCACUGUAGCAUUGAGCAGGGCAAUGGAACCUUCAGAAUUAUCACAGAGAAUGUUCCAUGUGGAACCACAGGAACAACCUGCUCCAAGACCAUCAAGAUCUUCUUGGGGGAAAAUGAAUUUCAACUUAAAGAUGAGAACUUCCAGGUGGUAAAGGGCAGCCUCCAGGUGCUCCCUGACCAGGUCCAAAAAAUGGGUAUUUACUUGGUGGUGAUGAUCAAGUCGGGACUUGUGCUCAUGUGGGACAAGAAAACCAGUCUGUUCAUCACACUCAGCAACGAGUUCCAGGGUCAAGUCUGUGGUCUCUGUGGAACCUAUGACGGCAAUAGUAAGAAUGACUUCACCACACGCUCCCAGGAGAUAGUGGAAGAUGUUCUACAGUUCGGUAACAGUUGGAGAAUUUCUUCCAGCUGCCCCAGUGCCCAAACAAUCAGUGAUCCCUGUGCCUCUAACCGCUAUCGGGCAGCGUGGUCUCAGAAACAGUGUAGUGUCAUCAUCAGUACCACCUUCAUGAGCUGUCAUUCUCAGGUUGAUCCUGGUCCAUACUUUGAUUCUUGCGUGAGAGAUUCUUGUGCUUGUGACACUGGUGGGGACUGUGAGUGUUUCUGCACCGCUGUAGCUGCCUAUGCCAAGGCUUGCAAUGAAGCUGGGGUCUGUGUUAGAUGGAGAACUCCAAAGUUGUGCCCUAUUUUCUGUGACUACUAUAACUCCCCUGGUGGCUGUGAGUGGCAUUACAAGCCUUGUGGAGCUGAUUGCAUGAAGACAUGCAGGAAUCCAUCAGGAAACUGCUCUGAGCUCGUUACCAGCCUCGAAGGCUGCUAUCCACAGUGUCCACCAACCCAUCCCUACUUUGAUGAAGACUCAAUGAAGUGUGUUGCCUGGGAACAAUGUGGAUGCUAUAAUGACAAAGGCAUCCAUUACAACAUUGGCGAUAUACUUCCAUCGAGCAACUGUUACACUUGUUCCUGUACAGUGUAUGGGAUAAAAUGUGGCUACAGUGUCGAAAAUUGUACAUGCAUCGUUAAUGGAAAGAUUUACAAAUAUGGGGAAACCAUCUAUGACACAACAGAUGGGCUAGGAAACUGUAUCACAGCUGAAUGUGGAGGGAAUGGAACUGUAGUAAGAAACAUGUAUCCUUGCGUACCUUCUACGACACCUGGACCUACAACGACCCCUUUUACAUUCACAACUUCAGUAGUCACUACAAAGGGAACUACAAGCAAACCAGGAGAAACAACCACAUCAGGAGAAACAACUGUUGAGGUGGGAACAACAAAGCCUCCGACGCAAAGUACCACUGGCCCAGUAACUGUAUCAACCACAGCGGUUGUUGAAACCACGACCUCAGUGGCAGGACAGACAACAACCAGUCAAGAGACCACAGUUGUUACAUCAAAACCCUCUGUUGCUACUACAACUACUCAAACACCAGCAGUCACUACAAAGGGAACUACAAGCAAACCUGGAGAAACAACCACAUCAGGAGAAACAACUGUUGAGGUGGGAACAACAAAGCCUCCGACGCAAAGUACCACUGGCCCAGUAACUGUAUCAACCACAGCGGUUGUUGAAACCACAACCUCAGUGGCAGGACAGACAACAACCAGUCAAGAGACCACAGUUGUUACAUCAAAACCCUCUGUUGCUACUACAACUACUCAAACACCAGUAGUCACUACAAAGGGAACUACAAGCAAACCAGGAGAAACAACCACAUCAGGAGAAACAACUGUUGAGGUGGGAACAACAAAGCCUCCGACGCAAAGUACCACUGGCCCAGUAACUGUAUCAACCACAGCGGUUGUUGAAACCACAACCUCAGUGGCAGGACAGACAACAACCAGUCAAGAGACCACAGUUGUUACAUCAAAACCCUCUGUUGCUACUACAACUACUCAAACACCAGUAGUCACUACAAAGGGAACUACAAGCAAACCUGGAGAAACAACUACAUCAGGAGAAACAACUGUUGAGGUCGGAACAACAAAGCCUCCGACGCAAAGUACCACUGGCCCAGUAACUGUAUCAACCACAGCGGUUGUUGAAACCACAACCUCAGUGGCAGGACAGACAACAACCAGUCAAGAGACCACAGUUGUUACAUCAAAACCCUCUGUUGCUACUACAACUACUCAAACACCAGUAGUCACUACAAAGGGAACUACAAGCAAACCUGGCGAAACAACCACAUCAGGAGAAACAACUGUUGAGGUGGGAACAACAAAGCCUCCGACGCAAAGUACCACUGGCCCAGUAACUGUAUCAACCACAGCGGUUGUUGAAACCACAACCUCAGUGGCAGGACAGACAACAACCAGUCAAGAGACCACAGUUGUUACAUCAAAACCCUCUGUUGCUACUACAACUACUCAAACACCAGUAGUCACUACAAAGGGAACUACAAGCAAACCUGGAGAAACAACCACAUCAGGAGAAACAACUGUUGAGGUGGGAACAACAAAGCCUCCGACGCAAAGUACCACUGGCCCAGUAACUGUAUCAACCACAGCAGUUGUUGAAACCACAACCUCAGUGGCAGGACAGACAACAACCAGUCAAGAGACCACAGUUGUUACAUCAAAACCCUCUGUUGCUACUACAACUACUCAAACACCAGUAGUCACUACAAAGGGAACUACAAGCAAACCAGGAGAAACAACUACAUCAGGAGAAACAACUGUUGAGGUGGGAACAACAAAGCCUCCGACGCAAAGUACCACUGGCCCAGUAACUGUAUCAACCACAGCGGUUGUUGAAACCACAACCUCAGUGGCAGGACAGACAACAACCAGUCAAGAGACCACAGUUGGAACUACAAGCAAACCUGGAGAAACAACCACAUCAGGAGAAACAACUGUUGAGGGAACUACAAGCAAACCUGGAGAAACAACCACAUCAGGAGAAACAACUGUUGAGGUCGGAACAACAAAACGUCCAACGCAACCUACCACUGGCCCAGUAACUGUAUCAACCACAGCGGUUGUUGAAACCACGACCUCAGUGGCAGGACAGACAACAACCAGUCAAGAGACCACAGUUGUUACAUCAAAACCCUCUGUUACUACUACAACUACUCAAACACCAGUAGUCACUACAAAGGGAACUACAAGCAAACCUGGAGAAACAACCACAUCAGGAGAAACAACUGUUGAGGUGGGAACAACAAAGCCUCCGACGCAAAGUACCACUGGCCCAGUAACUGUAUCAACCACAGCGGUUGUUGAAACCACAACCUCAGUGGCAGCAACCACAGCGGUUGUUGAAACCACAACCUCAGUGGCAGGACAGACAACAACCAGUCAAGAGACCACAGUUGUUACAUCAAAACCCUCUGUUGCUACUACAACUACUCAAACACCAGUAGUCACUACAAAGGGAACUACAAGCAAACCUGGAGAAACAACCACAUCAGGAGAAACAACUGUUGAGGUGGGAACAACAAAGCCUCCGACGCAAAGUACCACUGGCCCAGUAACUGUAUCAACCACAGCGGUUGUUGAAACCACAACCUCAGUGGCAGCAACCACAGCGGUUGUUGAAACCACAACCUCAGUGGCAGGACAGACAACAACCAGUCAAGAGACCACAGUUGUUACAUCAAAACCCUCUGUUGCUACUACAACUACUCAAACACCAGUAGUCACUACAAAGGGAACUACAAGCAAACCUGGAGAAACAACCACAUCAGGAGAAACAACUGUUGAGGUGGGAACAACAAAGCCUCCGACGCAAAGUACCACUGGCCCAGUAACUGUAUCAACCACAGCGGUUGUUGAAACCACGACCUCAGUGGCAGGACAGACAACAACCAGUCAAGAGACCACAGUUGUUACAUCUAAACCCUCUGUUGCUACUACAACUACUCAAACACCAGUAGUCACUACAAAGGGAACUACAAGCAAACCUGGAGAAACAACCACAUCAGGAGAAACAACUGUUGAGGUGGGAACAACAAAGCCUCCGACGCAAAGUACCACUGGCCCAGUAACUGUAUCAACCACAGCGGUUGUUGAAACCACAACCUCAGUGGCAGGACAGACAACAACCAGUCAAGAGACCACAGUUGUUACAUCAAAACCCUCUGUUGCUACUACAACUACUCAAACACCAGUAGUCACUACAAAGGGAACUACAAGCAAACCAGGAGAAACAACCACAUCAGGAGAAACAACUGUUGAGGUGGGAACAACAAAGCCUCCGACGCAAAGUACCACUGGCCCAGUAACUGUAUCAACCACAGCGGUUGUUGAAACCACGACCUCAGUGGCAGGACAGACAACAACCAGUCAAGAGACCACAGUUGUUACAUCAAAACCCUCUGUUGCUACUACAACUACUCAAACACCAGUAGUCACAACAAAGGGAACUACAAGCAAACCUGGAGAAACAACCACAUCAGGAGAAACAACUGUUGAGGUCGGAACAACAAAGCCUCCAACGCAAAGUACCACUGGCCCAGUAACUGUAUCAACCACAGCGGUUGUUGAAACCACAACCUCAGUGGCAGGACAGACAACAACCAGUCAAGAGACCACAGUUGUUACAUCAAAACCCUCUGUUGCUACUACAACUACUCAAACACCAGUAGUCACUACAAAGGGAACUACAAGCAAACCUGGAGAAACAACCACAUCAGGAGAAACAACUGUUGAGGUGGGAACAACAAAGCCUCCGACGCAAAGUACCACUGGCCCAGUAACUGUAUCAACCACAGCGGUUGUUGAAACCACGACCUCAGUGGCAGGACAGACAACAACCAGUCAAGAGACCACAGUUGUUACAUCAAAACCCUCUGUUGCUACUACAACUACUCAAACACCAGUAGUCACUACAAAGGGAACUACAAGCAAACCUGGAGAAACAACCACAUCAGGAGAAACAACUGUUGAGGUGGGAACAACAAAGCCUCCGACGCAAAGUACCACUGGCCCAGUAACUGUAUCAACCACAGCGGUUGUUGAAACCACGACCUCAGUGGCAGGACAGACAACAACCAGUCAAGAGACCACAGUUGUUACAUCAAAACCCUCUGUUGCUACUACAACUACUCAAACACCAGUAGUCACUACAAAGGGAACUACAAGCAAACCUGGAGAAACAACCACAUCAGGAGAAACAACUGUUGAGGUGGGAACAACAAAGCCUCCAACGCAAAGUACCACUGGCCCAGUAACUGUAUCAACCACAGCGGUUGUUGAAACCACAACCUCAGUGGCAGGACAGACAACAACCAGUCAAGAGACCACAGUUGUUACAUCAAAACCCUCUGUUGCUACUACAACUACUCAAACACCAGUAGUCACUACAAAGGGAACUACAAGCAAACCAGGAGAAACAACCACAUCAGGAGAAACAACUGUUGAGGUCGGAACAACAAAGCCUCCGACGCAAAGUACCACUGGCCCAGUAACUGUAUCAACCACAGCGGUUGUUGAAACCACGACCUCAGUGGCAGGACAGACAACAACCAGUCAAGAGACCACAGUUGUUACAUCAAAACCCUCUGUUGCUACUACAACUACUCAAACACCAGUAGUCACUACAAAGGGAACUACAAGCAAACCUGGAGAAACAACCACAUCAGGAGAAACAACUGUUGAGGUGGGAACAACAAAGCCUCCGACGCAAAGUACCACUGGCCCAGUAACUGUAUCAACCACAGCGGUUGUUGAAACCACAACCUCAGUGGCAGGACAGACAACAACCAGUCAAGAGACCACAGUUGUUACAUCAAAACCCUCUGUUGCUACUACAACUACUCAAACACCAGUAGUCACUACAAAGGGAACUACAAGCAAACCAGGAGAAACAACCACAUCAGGAGAAACAACUGUUGAGGUGGGAACAACAAAGCCUCCGACGCAAAGUACCACUGGCCCAGUAACUGUAUCAACCACAGCGGUUGUUGAAACCACAACCUCAGUGGCAGGACAGACAACAACAAGUCAAGAGACCACAGUUGUUACAUCAAAACCCUCUGUUGCUACUACAACUACUCAAACACCAGUAGUCACUACAAAGGGAACUACAAGCAAACCUGGAGAAACAACCACAUCAGGAGAAACAACUGUUGAGGUGGGAACAACAAAGCCUCCGACGCAAAGUACCACUGGCCCAGUAACUGUAUCAACCACAGCGGUUGUUGAAACCACAACCUCAGUGGCAGGACAGACAACAACCAGUCAAGAGACCACAGUUGUUACAUCAAAACCCUCUGUUGCUACUACAACUACUCAAACACCAGUAGUCACUACAAAGGGAACUACAAGCAAACCUGGAGAAACAACCACAUCAGGAGAAACAACUGUUGAGGUCGGAACAACAAAACGUCCAACGCAACCUACCACUGGCCCAGUAACUGUAUCAACCACAGCGGUCGUUGAAACCACGACCUCAGUGGCAGGACAGACAACAACCAGUCAAGAGACCACAGUUGUUACAUCAAAACCCUCUGUUGCUACUACAACUACUCAAACACCAGUAGUCACUACAAAGGGAACUACAAGCAAACCUGGAGAAACAACCACAUCAGGAGAAACAACUGUUGAGGUCGGAACAACAAAGCCUCCGACGCAAAGUACCACUGGCCCAGUAACUGUAUCAACCACAGCGGUUGUUGAAACCACAACCUCAGUGGCAGGACAGACAACAACCAGUCAAGAGACCACAGUUGUUACAUCAAAACCCUCUGUUGCUACUACAACUACUCAAACACCAGUAGUCACUACAAAGGGAACUACAAGCAAACCAGGAGAAACAACCACAUCAGGAGAAACAACUGUUGAGGUGGGAACAACAAAGCCUCCGACGCAAAGUACCACUGGCCCAGUAACUGUAUCAACCACAGCGGUUGUUGAAACCACAACCUCAGUGGCAGGACAGACAACAACCAGUCAAGAGACCACAGUUGUUACAUCAAAACCCUCUGUUGCUACUACAACUACUCAAACACCAGUAGUCACUACAAAGGGAACUACAAGCAAACCUGGAGAAACAACCACAUCAGGAGAAACAACUGUUGAGGUGGGAACAACAAAGCCUCCGACGCAAAGUACCACUGGCCCAGUAACUGUAUCAACCACAGCGGUUGUUGAAACCACAACCUCAGUGGCAGGACAGACAACAACCAGUCAAGAAACCACAGUUGUUACAUCAAAACCCUCUGUUGCUACUACAACUACUCAAACACCAGUAGUCACUACAAAGGGAACUACAAGCAAACCUGGAGAAACAACCACAUCAGGAGAAACAACUGUUGAGGUGGGAACAACAAAGCCUCCGACGCAAAGUACCACUGGCCCAGUAACUGUAUCAACCACAGCGGUUGUUGAAACCACGACCUCAGUGGCAGGACAGACAACAACCAGUCAAGAGACCACAGUUGUUACAUCAAAACCCUCUGUUGCUACUACAACUACUCAAACACCAGUAGUCACUACAAAGGGAACUACAAGCAAACCUGGAGAAACAACCACAUCAGGAGAAACAACUGUUGAGGUGGGAACAACAAAGCCUCCGACGCAAAGUACCACUGGCCCAGUAACUGCAUCAACCACAGCGGUUGUUGAAACCACAACCUCAGUGGCAGGACAGACAACAACCAGUCAAGAGACCACAGUUGUUACAUCAAAACCCUCUGUUGCUACUACAACUACUCAAACACCAGUAGUCACUACAAAGGGAACUACAAGCAAACCUGGAGAAACAACCACAUCAGGAGAAACAACUGUUGAGGUCGGAACAACAAAGCCUCCGACGCAAAGUACCACUGGCCCAGUAACUGUUACAACUACUCAAACACCAGUAGUCACUACAAAGGGAACUACAAGCAAACCUGGAGAAACAACCACAUCAGGAGAAACAACUGUUGAGGUGGGAACAACAAAGCCUCCGACGCAAAGUACCACUGGCCCAGUAACUGUAUCAACCACAGCGGUUGUUGAAACCACGACCUCAGUGGCAGGACAGACAACAACCAGUCAAGAGACCACAGUUGUUACAUCAAAACCCUGCAGGAGACAACAACCAGUCAAACCACAGUUAACUCGAGAAACCUCUGCCUACACGUUUCACCACUUUUUUUCACACUUAACAUUAUGUGUCUGUACUGUCAACGGAACUUCACUUCAUCCUGGGGACUUGGUGUACAACGCCACUGAUGGUUUAGGCUGGUGUUACGUUGCAUAUUGCAAUGCAUCUUGUAAAGUUGAAACACAAUCCAGUCCAUGUCCCACAACACCAACACCCACUAUUACUACAACGUUCAGUACCACAAAGGCCACAGUUUCAAGCUCAGUUCCUCCGACCACAUCUAUUCCCACCUCUACUUCCCCUUCAUCUACAACUAACCUGGACUGCACAGAUGUGGAUCCAUCAAGAAAGAAUGGACAGUCCUGGAACAAUGGCAACUGCACCACAGCUACAUGCAUCAAUGGCAAUAUCACAGUGGCACGUAGUCCCUGUACCACGCCUCCUCAACCUAUCUGCGCCAAUGGACACAAAGUUGUCAAGGUCUAUGAUGAUGACGGCUGUUGCUUCCAGUACGAGUGUGAAUGUGUUUGUGCUGUCUGGGGUGGAUCCCACUACAUGACAUUUGAUGGAAGCUCAUAUACUUUCAAUGAGACCUGCACUUACUACUUGGUCAAAGAGAUUAUCAGAAAAUAUAAUCUGACAAUAAUAGUAAACAAUCAUUACUGCGACCCGUUAGACAGCACAUUCUGUCCCCAAGCUCUCAAUGUAACAUACCAAUCCUUCGAGGUAAUCUUGACCCAACUGGCGGUUUCAGGAAUCACCAAUGCGGCGUACGUGAAUCAGAAACGUAUCUAUCCUGCCUAUAGCAACGAUGUCCUGCGCCUCACUAGUACAGAUAUGUUGAUUACAUUGGAGAUACCCGAGAUCAGCACAAAAGUGAUCUACAGGGGCACCUCAUUUACCAUCAGCAUUCCUAAUUCCCUCUUCGGGGGAAACACAGAAGGACAGUGUGGGACCUGUGACAACUCCCAGACCAAUGACUGCCGUUCUCCAAAUGGCCAGGUGGAAAGCUGCUCGGAUUCUGCAAGUCAGUGGAAAGUCCUUGAUAUACCAUGUGCUGUCACCCCUACCACCACCCCUACCACCACCACUACCACCACAACUACAACAGUAUCCACGACCACUACAGAACCAUACACAACGCAGCCCCCUUGCAAACCUCCCAUCUGUGAUCUCCUAAUGGAAAGUGUAUUUGCACCAUGCCACUCGAUCAUACCCCCUGGACGAUUUGUGACAUCAUGUAGGGACGAUAUUUGCAACGGUAACAAUAAAACCUGCUCCAGCUUGGAGGCCUAUGCCACUGAGUGCUCUCUUGAAGGAGUCUGCAUUGACUGGAGGAAUUAUACUGAUGGGCUGUGUGAACACAAGUGUCAAGGCAACAAAGUGUACCGAGCCUGUGGCCCCUCUGUAGAGCCCACAUGUAACAACAGAUACAACCAGAAGUUCCAGACAGAGGAAGAUGGAUCUACUAGCAACACCACGGAGGGUUGCUUCUGUCCAGAGGGCACCACCUUAUUCAACACAGUCUAUAAGACAUGUGUUCCUGACUGUGAAUGUGUUGGACCCGAUGGGGAUCCCAAAAAUCCUGGUGACACGUGGGAAAGUAACUGUGAGAACUGCACGUGUGACGUGGAUUCCAUGGGCAUCGUGUGUCGGCCUGUGGAAUGCCCAACAUCAGCAUCAGUCCCAACCUGCAGCACUCCUGGCUACGAGCUGGUCAACAAAACAGAAGGCUGCUGCACAACACAAUUAUGUGAGUGCAAUAGAAACACUUGUCCUUCUUCUUCCAACUGCUCGUUGGGCUUCCAACUUAACAUCACCAACGGUAUCUGCUGCCAGUCCUAUGAGUGUGUUCCUAAAGGUGUCUGUGUCUACAACAUGACUGAGUACAAGCCUGGUGCCAAGAUACCAACAACAGAUACAACAUCAGAACCACCAAUAGAAACACCGAUUAAAACAGAAGCAACAACAGCACCAUUAGGAGCGGGACAACCGCCAACAAUGAUAACACCAUCGGGAGCGGAACAACCAUCAGAAACAACAACAACAACAACAGCACCAUCGGGAGCGGGACAACCAUCAGAAACAACAACAAAAACAACAACAGCACCAUCAGGAGUGGGACAACCGUCAGAAACAACAAGAAAAACAACAACAGCACCAUCAGGAGCGGGACAACCAUCAGAAACAACAACAACAACAACAACAGCACCAUCAGGAGUGGAACAAUCAAACAACAAGAAAAACAACAACAGCACCAUCAGGAGCGGAACAACCAUCAGAAACAACAACAACAACGACAGCACCAUCAGGAGCGGGACAACCAUCAGAAACAACAACAGCAGCACCCUCAGGAGCGGGACAACCAUCAGAAACAACAAGAAAAACAACAACAGCACCAUCAGGAGCGGGACAACCAUCAGAAACAACAACAGCAGCACCCUCAGGAGCGGGACAACCAUCAGAAACAACAAGAAAAACAACAACAGCACCAUCAGGAGCGGAACAACCAUCAGAAACAACAACAACAACAACAGCACCAUCGGGAGCGGGACAACCAUCAGAAACAACAACAAAAACAACAACAGCACCAUCAGGAGUGGAACAACCGUCAGAAACAACAAGAAAACAACAAACAGCACCAUCAGGAGCGGGACAACCAUCAGAAACAACAAGAAAAACAACAACAGCACCAUCAGGAGCGGAACAACCAUCAGAAACAACAACAACAACGACAGCACCAUCGGGAGCGGGACAACCAUCAGAAACAGCAACAGCAGCACCCUCAGGAGCGGGACAACCAUCAAAAACAACAAGAACAACAACAACAGCACAAUCAGGAGUGGAACAACCAUCAGAAACAACAACAACAACAACAGCACCAUCGGGAGCGGGACAACCAUCAGAAACAACAACAGCAGCACCCUCAGGAGCGGCACAACCGUCAGAAACAACAAGAAAAACAACAACAGCACCAUCAGGAGUGCAACAACCGUCAGAAACAACAAGAAAAACAACAACAGCACCAUCAGGAGCGGAACAACCAUCAGAAACAACAACAACAACAGCACCAUUGGGAGCGGGACAACCAUCAGAAACAACAACAGCAGGACCCUCAGGAGCGGGACAACCGUCAGAAACAACAAGAAAAACAACAACAGCACCAUCAGGAGUGGAACAACCAUCAGAAACAACAAGAAAAACAACAACAGCACCAUCAGGAGCGGGACAACCGUCAGAAACAACAACAGCAGCACCAUCAGGAGUGGAACAACCGUCAGAAACAACAACAACAACAGCACCACCAUCAGGAGCGGGACAACCGUCAGAAACAACAAGAAAAACAACAAAAGCACCAUCAGGAGUGGGACAACCGUCAGAAACAACAACAACAGCACCAUCAGGAGCGGGACAACCCAGCAGCACCAUCAGGAGCAGGACAACCGUCAGAAACAACAACAACAACAACACCAUCAGGAGCGGGACAACCGUCAAAAACAACAACAACAACAGCACCAUCAGGAGUGGAACAACCUUCAAAAGCAACAACAACAACAGCAGCACCAUCAGGAGCAGGACAACCGUCAGAAACAACAACAACAACAGCAGCACCAUCAGGAGCGGGACAACCGUCAGAAACAACAACAACAACAACACCAUCAGGAGUGGAACAACCUUCAAAAGCAACAACAACAACAGCAGCACCAUCAGGAGCGGGACAACCGUCAGAAACAACAACAACAGCACCAUCAGGAGCGGGACAACCGUCAGAAACAACAACAACAACAACACCAUCAGGAGCGGGACAACCGUCAAAAACAACAACAACAACAGCACCAUCAGGAGUGGAACAACCUUCAAAAGCAACAACAACAACAGCAGCACCAUCAGGAGCAGGACAACCAUCAGAAACAACAACAACUACAGCAGCACCAUCAGGAGCGGGACAACCGUCAGAAACAACAACAACAACAACACCAUCAGGAGUGGAACAACCUUCAAAAACAACAACAACAACAGCACCAUCAGGAUCAGGACAACCCACCAUCAGGAGUGGAACAACCUUCAAAAACAACAACAACAACAACAGCACCAUCAGGAGUGGAACAACCUUCAAAAACAACAACAACAACAGCAGCACCAUCAGGAGCGGGACAACCUUCAAAAACAACAACAGCACCAUUGGGAUCAGAACAACUUUCAGAAACAACAGUGGGAUUUACAUCAGGGGAGACUUUCAAACCUGGGCCCUGCCAGGAAUGUUACUGUGGCCCCAAAGUCGAUCCUGUCACUCAGCUGAACAUCAUUACCUGCAAACCUGUGGUCUGCAACACAAACUGCUCUGAAGGUUAUGAGUACCAGACUGUGCCUGACAAGUGCUGUGGGAUGUGUGUUCAGAAGAGCUGUAUUUUCUCCUCACCUAACAAUGGGACAAUAUAUAUUGAGGUCAACAGCACAUAUAUAGACCCUGGCGACAGAUGUGUGGAAUAUACUUGUGAGAAGAUUGGUGGACUGCCUGUCACCAAGGAAACAAAGACUUCUUGUCCUGCUUUUAACCCCUUGGAUUGUGAACCUGGUACUGAAACAACUGAUGCUAACGGAUGCUGCAAAUCCUGUAAGGUAAAGAGUGUCUGUGAGGUCCAGAGUACGCAGACGGUCAUCGAUGUGAACAACUGCAAGAGCCUACAACCGGUCAACAUAACAUCCUGUGCUGGGCACUGUGGGAGCUCGUCCAUAUAUUCUGCCGCUGCCAACAGCAUGAUACACCAGUGUGAGUGUUGCCGGGAGGCCACCACCAGUCAGAAGCAAGUAGAGCUGACCUGCGCUGAUGGAACCACGGUCCAGCACAGCUACACUUCAGUGGAGACCUGCAGCUGCAGCCCAACAGAAUGUGUGCCGGGGGCAACAUCUGCACCAAAGAGGCGCAGGAGACGCUGAUCACUUACUGAUCGUUUGACACAUGGCUAGAUGUAACCUUAUUCUCGUCAGGCUUUAUUAUUUACAGCCCGACAUGAACUCUUUUUCAGUUUCACAAUAUACCUCUGUGAUUUAAACUCUUUUAAACUUACCUUUUCCUGGUGAUAAUGAUUAAAAAUAUGUCUGCAUUAUAAA